AUGGAACGUAACUUAAGUGUCGAUGAACAAAUGGUGCCGUUUAAGGGUACCCUUUCAGUAAAACAAUAUAUGAAAGGGAAGCCAUGUCCUUGGGGCAUAAAAAUAUAUGUACUUGCAGGACAAAGUGGUACAGUUUAUGAUUUUUUAUUGUAUCAAGGUGCAUCUACUGAAAUAAAUUCUGAUUUACAAAAGCAAUUUGGAAUUGGUGGUGCAACUGUAUUGCAAUUAACAGAAGGAGUAAAAAAAAAUUCUCAUUUCUUAUAUUUUGAUAAUUUUUUCUCUUCGUUUCAAUUAUUUGAACGACUUUAUCAUAAAGGAAUUAAUGCAGCUAGAACAAUAAGGAUAAAUCGUUUUGCUAAUCCACCUUUUUUGGCAGAUAAAAUAAUAUCAAAAAUGGGACGUGGAACAUCUUACGAAAUAAAAUCUAAAAAAAUCAAUAACUUUUCUUUAGGCAUAUUGAAAUGGUACGAUAAUAAACCAGUAAAUAUAGCUUCUAAUUUUAUUACAUCUGGUGAAGUUGAAAUUAUAAAACGCUGGGACAAAAAAAAUAAGUUAUAUGUAGAAAUAGAAAGACCGGAAAUUAUAACUUUAUAUAACAAAUCAAUGGGUGGCGUUGACAAAAUCGAUCAACUUAUAAGUACAUAUAGGACAUUUAUAAAAUCAAAAAAAUGGACUCUACGACUUAUAGUACAUGCUUUUGAUAUGGUAAUAGCUAAUUGUUGGAUUCAAUAUUUAAAAGAUGCAAAGUAUUUCAACAUUCAAAAAAAUAAAAUCCUAGAUUUGUUACAUUUUCGGCUGCAGUUAGCUAAUGAAAUAAUAAAUUGUCAUAAACUAACAACACCAAAAAGAAAAGGCAAACCUAGUAAUACUUCUACUGAUAGGAGUUCAAGAUGUUCAUCUAAUUCUGAAGAUGUAUGCACACAGUUAUCUCCGCAAACAAAUAAAAAAUUAAGAACUGAUAGACCUAUACCUCCCGAUGCAGUAAGAUACGAUACAAUAGAUCAUUUGCCUAGUGUUGAUAACUUGAAAAAUCCUACGAAAUGCAAGCAUCCAAAAUGUUCACAAAAACAUCGAACACACUUUUUUUGUGAAAAGUGUAAAGUACACUUGUGUUUGRCUUCAGGAAGAAAUUGUUUUGCUGAUUUCCAUAUCAAUAAAUAA